AUGUUUUCCAUUUCUAGACGCCAGCUAGCGUUUCAGGUCAGAACCUUCUCGGCUUGCGGUGUAGCUUCCACCGGCAAACCAAUGUCCAAGGAAGCGCAGGCAUUUUUGGACAGCAUCAACAGCCAGGCGCAAGUGCAAAAGGACAAACGCGCAUCGUUCCCAAAGCAGUUUGUCAAAGACAACCUCCAGGGCCCCGCAGUUCCCAAGCGUGUCAGCCCGAGGGACGUUAACUUUAGCAAAACCAUGAAGGGCCCCGCAAAGAACAUGUUUCGCAGCACGCCCACAGACGGAAAGAGGGGAAAGAAGUUUGAGAAACAGGAGAGAGCGCCAAAGAAGAUCAACCUCCGCCAGUAUCCGUUUACUACCGGAAGCGACAACGCGCAGAAGGCAGUACAGCUCGUGAUUAACGAGAUUCUCGAUCAGAGUGCCGCGGGCGAGAUCGCGUACGUGAAUGACGCGGGAAAGGUGGAGGAAGUUUUGCUCAAAGACUUUCUUCCACAGCUUGACGUAAUGGACUAUGGUCUCUCGGUGGUGGUGAAUAAUCAGUUGGAAAGACCGCUCGUGAAGAAGGUGCCCAUUCUGACGGCCAUUCGUAAGCUUUCGGACCACAUGGCGGACAUACGCGCAGAAGAUAUGAAGGACAACUCGACGUACAAGCGCUCGCUCCGCAUGGCGUUGAAAAAGAAGCAGAAGGGAGAUGUAAAACAAGUGCGAAUCGGCUGGAACAUCUCCUUGUCCGAUCUCGCAACCAAGAAGCAGCGGGAUAUCGUCUCCCAGUUGAGUAAGGGAUGCAAGGUGCACAUCUACAUCGCCAACAAGUGGCAGUUGCGAAAGAUGGCACAGGGAGCGCGUAAGCAGGCUGCAGAAAGCGGCGAGGCUACGGAGGAAGACCUCGAGGACGAGGCUGGCGUGGAGGAAGAACCGGUCGCUGGCAAGGAGCUUAACGAGCUCGAGGAGUACAAACGUGCCCAGGUCUUGGAAACCCUUCUCGGAAUUGUCCUGGUGUACUGCAAGCCGGUGGUGGAGGGCACAAUACGUGACCAAAUUGUAAUCCGUUUGGACGACGCCAAGAUGCCUGAGGGUGAGGAAGAGAGCGAAAAGGUCUUGGACAACAAGGAAUUGGCCCGCUUGAAGAAACAGGAAAGGCAGGAGAAGGCACGGAGGAUUGCCGAGGAGAAGCGUGCGGCCAAGGCUGCGGUAUUGUAG